GCUCAACUUUGAAAGUUUGAAACACAAAAAAGGCCAAAAAGAAUGGAAGGAACAUCAACAAACCAAGAGGACGAGGUUCCUGUGAGGAAUAAUGCCACAUUUUAUUUAUACCAUCCAUGGUAUUUUCUUGAAGAAACUCUCAAGUCUGUCUUCAAAUGUUUAGGGUUAGAGAUUGGAGCCAACAAAAGAAAACAUGUAAGCUCAGUGGUGAAAUCUUCUUCUUCUUCUUCAGAUUCAGGAGAGGAUGCUACAACCCUAGAAAGCAAUGAAAGCAAGGGCAAGAAAAACUACCAAGAAGUUCAUACAAGUACAGAACAAACAGCUAAGGAGGAGUGUUCAACUUCUGGAAGCUUUGAACUUAUCACAAGUUUAAUAAUUAGGCCAUUUUAUGGAAUCCCAGAUCUUUCAAAAGGAUCAGAUCCUCAAACUAAUUAGUUAAUGCUUAGUGACAGGAGCUCUAAUUAAGUUGUUCUCGUGCAUCGUUUAAUUAUUAGAAGUUCAUGGAUAUAUAUAUAUAUAUGUUUUCUGUAGCUACUCCAACCUUUUCAUCCCUCUUUUUACUUUGCGAGACGGUAGUUGUGUGAAAAAAAGUUGUAUAUGUGUGUAGAAAGUAACUAUUUGCUAUAUAUGCAUAUCUAUAGAAAUGUUUGUGUUAUGCUUUGGAGUUU